AUGGCUCUCCGCACCGCCCUCGCCGCGGCCUUGGCCGUCUCUCCCCUCUUCGGCUCCGUCGCCGCCCACGGUACCCACACCGCCGAGGAGAUCGCCGCCGAGCUGGCCCUCCGCUCCGUCGUGACCACCUACGGCAAGCGCGCCCUCGACGCCUGCUCCAACUCUCCCUCUGCCCUGGCCCUCAAGCAGCGUGCCCUCGACCGCCGCGCCGCCACCGCUCAGCGUCUCCGUGCCGAGCGCGGCCUCGACGGCCAGAAGAUGCGCAAGCGUGCUCAGGCCGACCUCGAGAAGUGGGCUGCUAUCGACCACGCCUCAGACGCCGGCUACACCCUCGACACCCCCCUCGAAGAGAUCUUCGGCUCCAACGCUACCUGCGCCCUUGUCCCUGAGACUACCAUCGGGCCGUACUAUGUCGAGGGCGAGCUCAUCCGUACUGACAUCACCGACGGCCAGGGUGGUGUCCCCGUCCACUUGGAUGUGCAAUUUGUCGAUGUUACCAACUGCGGUCCUCUCCCUGACCAGCUCAUCGACAUCUGGCACUGUAACGCUACCGGCGUGUACUCUGGUGUCUCCGCCCAGGGCCAGGGCGGUCUGAACACCACCCACGGCCGCGGUGUUCAGCAGAGCGAUGCCGACGGCGUCGUGCAAUUCGACACGAUCUUCCCCGGCCACUACACCGGCCGCGCCACCCACAUCCACGUUAUGACGACCGAUGGCCCCGAGAUCCUGCCCAACGGCACCUUUGAGGGCGGCACCGCUAAGAACAUCGGCCAGAUCUUCUUCGACCAGAGCAUCAUCAGCGAGGUCGAGCUCCUGGCCCCGUACACCUCCAACCAGCAGCAGCUCACGACCAACCUCCAGGACGGCAUCGCGGCCGGCGAGGCCACCGCCGAGUACGACCCGUUCCUCAAGUAUGUCAAGCUCGGCGACGACCUCAACGACGGCCUCCUCAUGUGGAUCACCAUCGGCAUCGAUACCACCGCCGACUACAGCGACCAGGUCCAGGCGGCCGCGCACUACUACGAGGGUGGCGGCGUCGACCAGAGCGGCGGCGGCGGCGGCCCCGGAGGUCCCGGCGGUCCCGGUGGACCCCCUCCCGGCUUCUCGUCCACGGCUGCUCCGACUUCCACGGCUGCCGCGGCCCGUGCCGUCUAA